AUGAUUCCGCGAGUUCUGCUGAGCUGGCGGAAGAGAUUGGGGACUGUGCAUGGCGCGCGCGAUCAUAAGGCAGGAUCGAAACUCGCACGACACGCGGCGGACAUUUUGCCAUCGCACGCCGGGAAAGCAGGGUACGAGGCGCCGCCUGAAUGCGAGAAAGGCGCCGCGGCGAGUGCGGUGCAGUGGCGGCCGUGGAUCGUCCGCUGCGCGGCGGGGCUUCUGGCGCUCGUCGUCGUGCGAUUCCUGCUCGUCGCCAACGAGGCUUGGGUGGACAGCCUGGAGCUUCGAAACUUCUCCCCUCUGGACGCGCUGCCGGCGGUGGCGUGGGAGGCGGGGAGGAGGGUCCCCCUCGGCCUGGUUGCAUUGGGACUGUCGACUCGCUUGUUCCAGUCUGUUCUGUGCAUUCUCUCGCUUCCUGAAUUCUUCCCCUCACCACACCCACCCGAGCCUCAGGCAUGGGUGGACAGCCUGGAGCUUUGGAAUUUCUUCCCUCUGCAGAGCCUGCCGGCAGUGGCGUGGGAGGAGGCCCCCCCGCGGCCGGGGUGCAUUGUGACUCUCGACUCGCGCUACAGCCCUGAGGGCGUGGCGGCCGUGGAAGCGGCUGUAGCGCGGCUGCUGAGGGAGCUGGGGGUGGAGGCGGAGGAGGUGAAGGAAGACGGGGGAGGGAGGGGCAGGGAGGCGAUGCCGGAGGCGUGGCGGCGGUUCUACUCGGGGCUGCCCAAGGUGGUGGAUGCGGAGGGGCACGAGAACAUGUGGAAAUUCCCCAUCUGGGUCGCCCUGGCCGUCAACAUGUGCGUGUGUGCUGCAGCGUUGUACGCGCGGCGCCACGGGUACCGAAUGGUGGUGGAGAACGGAUCCAAGUACACCCCAGACAGACACCCGUCGUGGUUCAAGGUGCCGUUGCUACAGUCACAGCUGGCGUGUUGCUGCGAGUGGGCCUUCUUUCUUGAUUCCGAUGCCUACAUGCGCAUGGACCACCACCGCCUCUCCAUCCCCACCUGGAUCCAAACCAUCAAGCAACCUAACUACUUUGACUGGCUGCUGAGGGACAAUCUCACCGACACUCUGGAGGGGCAGGUGUGGCUCCCACAGGACCCCGCCCUGCUGCUACAGCCCGCCACCGCGCUACAGCCGGAGGGGCCCGUGGUUCUGAUACCAAGGAAUGGCGACUCGAGGGAGGGGUUCUUUGGGGAUGCGGAGGCGCUGUUCCGCAAGGACACGGACUAUGUGAAUGCGGGCGUGAUGCUGUGGCGCCGAUCGCCCGCCACCUUCAAGUUCCUCCGGCAGUGGUACGGCGAGUACAGCGGCGACUACCACCUGUACGGCCACGUGUGGGAGCAGGACCGCCUCAACAAGGUGGCGCGCUGGCCGCACUGGCGGGGGCGGGUGAUCCUGGUGCCCCACCAGGAGCUCACAGGGCCCCAGGGGGCCAUGGUGCGCCAUGUGUGGGGGGGCGUUGCAAGCGAGGAGCGCGACAGGGUGUUGUAUGCGGCCCUGGAGGAGGCACUAGGGCCCUGGAGGAGGCACUGGGCAGCCUGCUCUGAGGACACCGCGCAGUGGCGGGCAGUAAGAGGCAGUAAGGGGCAGUAA